AUGAGUCAACCACCACAAGCGUUCAGCAAUGAUAGAAGAAAGACCUUGCCGGUAGUCAAAGUAGAAAAAGACCUCGAUGAAGACACGAUUCCACAGCGCGUAUUACCAAUCCUUGCGGCUCCUCAUGCAAGCCCCGUCCAAGAUAAAGAAGAAAGCGAGACAUCUGUGCAAGAGUCAGAGACAUUGCCACCUUUAGUAUCUGCUCCCACACCAAAAGCACCUUCAGCUGUACCAAGCUGGCUCAAGUUGAAUGCAGACGACUCUGGGAAAGAAGCUACUAGAGUGCGCCAUUCGGUAGGAUUAGAUGUUCCCGGCGCAGUUCAUACCAUCACAACACCUAAACUUAAAACGGAACGUCAAUUAGACAGCAAACUGGUUGUGAUUAUGGUCGGUUUACCCGCACGUGGAAAAAGUUAUCUCGUCAAAAAGCUGAGACGAUAUCUGAAUUGGCUGCAAUACGAGACCAAAGUGUUCAAUGUGGGUAAUAUGCGUCGAGUAUGUGAAGCAAGCUCUCAAGAUCAAAACGCCAGCUUUUUUGAUCCCAACAACAAGGAUAUGAAACGCAUUCGUGAUGAGAUUGCUCUGAGCGUGCUGGAACAGUUGAUUGAGUGGCUCAGGGAAGGUGGCCGUGUGGCUAUCCAUGACGCUACUAACUCAACCUUGGCGAGAAGAAAGUUGCUGAUAGACAGAUUGGAGCGAGAGCCUGAGAUUAGAGUAUUGUUGAUUGAAUCAGUCUGCACAGAUCAAAUGAUGCUGGAACGCAACUUUAGAUUGAAGCUAUCAGGGCCAGAUUACAAAAACAAGGAUCCUGUGGAAGCUCUGGCUGAUUUCAGAUCUCGAGUAGCAAACUAUGAAAAAGCGUAUCAGCCUAUUGGGGAUUGGGAAGAGGAACAUGAUAUCCAAUUUUGUAAAUUGAUCAACGUUGGCAAGAAGGUCAUUGCUUACAAUAUCUCUGGCUAUCUGUCUGGUCAAUGCAUAUUCUAUCUCAUGAACUUUAACCUCAACGAGCGUCAAAUUUUUGUCACUCGUCAUGGUGAAAGUGAAGACAAUAUUACUGGUAGAAUUGGUGGCGAUGCUCCUUUAUCGCCUGCAGGUCGCAAAUUUGCCAAAGCAUUAGCCAAGUUCACUCAGACACAACGCAUCAAAUUUGCUUGUGAAAUGGCGUCCAAAGCAAACGAGCUGGAGCCCGAGGAAAAUCAAACGCCUGCCCGUGCCUUAGAGAAGACUGCUCAGUUCUGUAACUCCCAAUUCACAGUCUGGACAAGUAUGUUGCAAAGGUCUAUGCAGACAGCUGAACAUUUUGAUCCGGAUGAUUAUGACGUAAAACACAUUCGUUUCUUGAAUGAGAUCAAUUCUGGUAUCUGCGAAGGCAUGUCAUAUCAGGAGAUUCAGCAAAAGCAUCCACAGGAAUAUAAAUCAAGACAGGCAAACAAGUUAUUUUAUAGAUAUCCAGGCAUGGGAGGCGAAUCUUACAUUGAUGUUAUCCACCGAUUACAACCAAUGAUUGUUGAGCUGGAGAGAAUGACCCAAUCGUGUUUAAUCAUCACACACAGAGUUGUGAUGCGUAUUCUACUUGGCUAUCUUCUUGAUUGGACUAGAGAAGAGAUGCCUCAUAUGAUGGUUCCUAUUCAUACCGUCUACGAGCUUCGACCUAAACCAUACGGCACCGAAUUGAAGAAAUGGCAAUACAUUGAGGAGACGGAUUCUUUUGUAGAAUUUUAG